GCUGACAGUCCACGAGCUAAUACUCAGCCUGAACUCAGCAGUGCUGUUCCCUUGGGAGACACACACAAACACACGGAGACACACACACACACACACACACACGAGUUGGUGGUUUUGUGCCUCCCCGCCAAAACACACACACAUUGGUGGUUGUGCCGCCAGGAGCCUCCAGUCUGCCAGUGUGAGGAACGGACCAGAUGGGUCCAGUAGUGUUGGGUCAAGGCGAGCAGAGGGCAGCCGGAAGCGCGCCCAUGCUCUGGAUUCCUGCAUCCGCCGAAAUGGGUGCUCACGGGGCGCGCGGGAGUGAGGGGUGAGGGGUCAGGGAUGAGGGGUGAGAGGGAGGGGGACGGGGUGGAGGCAGCCCCUUCCCAGGCGGCAGCUGGGCGGUGAUGCUGUUGCCCUUUUAAGCUGCCACUUCACAGGAGCCGCGCUUCCUGCCGGUGGAGUCCGUUACAAGGGGAGCAGCCGCCCAGGGGAUGCCCCACAGCUCCCGGCAGAGGCCUCGGUGUCCCUUGCGGAUUUCCUGCCGUGCUCCAACUGGAGUCAAGGCAGCGGGAAGAGGCGGAGCCGCGAGAGCGCCGCCGAGCGGCCCCACCGGGUGGUCGCGGCCAUAACAGCGGCUCCUCACCGGCUCACCUUCCGCGCCCCUGCCGCCGGAGAUGAGGUUUGUGUUUAAGGAGAAACUAACAAUGAAAAUGGACUCCUUGAGGGAGGAAAAGUUGGAAUGCAGCCUCUGGUGCUGUUUGAGCGAUCCCUCUCCCCAGGGCCAGGCUGGCCCCUGCUGUCUUCUGGAAAGGCGCAUUGUACCCUGGAUGCAGCAGGAAUCCUAUUCAUCUUCUUCACCAAUAUGGUUUGUGGACUCUGAUGAGCCAAAUCUGACAUCAGUUCUGGAAUGUCUAGAAGAUACUAAGAACAACAAUUUGCUUCAUCAGCAAUUGAAGUCGGUGAUAUGUGGACUCUGCAGAUUAUAUAACCUUCCUAAGCACAGGGAUGUUGAGAUGCCAGAUCAACCACUACCCAUGGGUCAGGUCUGCCGCCUUGGUGUUUCUUCAUGUGGCCUUCCACUCUGCCUAGCAUCUCAUGCUCUGAGGCCUCUUCAUGUGGCUUCUCUUUCUCCAAGAAGACAGUCAGUACUUAUUUUGGCUUCUAGAAGCACAGAAGUGGAGCUGCCAGGUGUUCUUAAGGCUUAGACCUGGAACAGGUCCAGUGUCAUUUCUACCAAAUUCUCUAGGUUAAAGUGAGUCUUGGGGCCAACACAGAUUCACUGUGGGAUGGGCCUGUCCAAGGACAUGACGACAGGAGGUAUGGCUCAUUGGGGAACAACUCCUAAGAUGAACCCUGAGUUCUAAGAACUUUUUCUUUUCUGAUUAUUCCUUAUUCAUAUUCUAUUUUUGUUUUAUUCAUGUAAUAUGUUCACAAGUGUCUUUAUGAAGUGAUUUUGACACUCUUUUGUCUUCUCCCUAGCAUCUGUUUGUUCUUUAAUAAACUUUUUCUUAGUUUAUUUUUGUCUUAUUUUUCUUUUUAAAGCCUUUCCUUAAAUUUUAUCUCUUCUAUGUUGCUUAUCAUUUGUAGUCUUCUUUUUUUUUUUUUUUUUUUUUGAGACAGAGUUUCGCUCUUGUUGCCCAGGAUGGAGUACAAAGGCGUGAACUCGGCACACCGCAACAUUUGCCUCCUGGGUUCAAGUGAUUCUCCUGCCUCAGCCUCCUUAGUAGCUGUGAUUAUGGGCA